CGCGGCGGCCCCGCUGCUGCUGCUGCUGCUGCUGAGGGAGGCGCCGGGAGCCGCCAUGGCCGCCGCCCUCAGGGGCGCGCUGUUCGGCGGGCUCCUGCUCUGCGUGGCUGGAAGGGUGCCGAGGCCCAGGAACGCGAGAAUCACCUCGGUCAAUCUGCAGAGCACUCUGCGGUGGGAGGCGCCGAGGUUCCCCCGGGGGAACAUCACCUACACCGUGCGCUACAGGAGCACGGUUCUCCCGGGGGACACGUACGAGCUGGUGCAGAGCGGGCUGAGCAGCACACACUGCGACCUGUCCUGGCUCUGGGAGUCUGGCAAAUACAUCCUGCAGCUGCGGGCCCAGGCUGGGCAGCACCACUCGCCCUGGGUCACCCUCAGCUUCAGCCCCAUGGAUGACACAGUGAUUGGGCCCCCUGAAGUGGAGGUGAAGUCGGAGUCUGGGGCCCUGCACGUGGAUUUCUCGGGCCCCUUUGCUGAGCACAAGCAGGACAGGUGGUCUCUGAGGCAAUACUAUGGCUCCUGGGGCUACAGGAUCCUCUACUGGAAGAAAGACAGCACUACAGACUCUGCUUCCAGGGUCUCCCAUGUAGACACCCAGCACAACUCUGAAAUCCUGUCCCAGCUGGAGCCAUGGACAUGGUACUGUGUCCAAGUGCAGGCGGUGGUUCCCGACUGGAACAAGAUAGGGGAGCUGAGCAGGGAGCUGUGUGAGAAGACAACCCACAAUGGUGUCACUCCCGUGUGGGUGGUUGUGACAGUUCUCCUGGGGUCCAUGCUGGCUGUGGCCAUUGCGGUCCCUGUCUGCUUCUUCUCCCUUUUUUACCUGAUCCGACUCACCAAACAUGUUUUCUGCCCUUCAUAUAUUUUCCCACAACACUUGAAAGAGUUCUUGAGCAAACCUCCCACUGCUCCACAGUCCUUCUCUCCAGUUCCACAAGAAGAACAUCUUAUUUGUGACAAGCUGACUGUCCUUCCAGAAGAUUCCCAAAAUCCCAGGGAUGAGGCUGAGGAUGAGGCCAACGAGACACCAGAGCACCCCCAGGGCUCUGAACGAGGAGAUUCCAACUCAGGAGUAGGAACAGCUUCAGGGAAGACCUAAAUGCUUCCUUGGAAAAGGAAAACAAAGGGACUGUUGGGUUUAUCUCCUUAUUGCUGCUUCCUUCAGACAGUAAAAAUCCACAGACAAAGGUGUGGGCACAGACUUUUGACUGAACCAUUUUUUUUUUUUUAAAGUACAAGAAACUUGGCUGUAAAUGAGGAACUAAACAAUACACAAUUUUUGCCACUGCUGGUGGUGGCUCCCUAAGGAGUUGUGGCAAUACCUGGCACUGAUUAUGACAUUAAAAAGCAAUUUUCAUAUAUAUAUAUAUAUAUAUAUAUAAAAAGUACUAGUUAACUCUGAUGAACUAUUUAUUGCAAAAACUAAGCAAAAUAUUUGUAAAAGAAAAGUAUAUUUUGUAAA